AUGUUGGUAGAGGAGAUCCCCAAAACAAUCAACCCAAACUCGGCCACAAUCUACUUCCUGUCGCUGAUCAAUCUCCAGGCCAGACCAACCCAGAAAUCCGCCGAAAACCAGUCCGAGGACUCCGCCAGAAGCGAGAAAAACAGACCGAAAGUCAACUACAACAUCACAGACUUGCUGAAUGCGCAGACGCAGCUAAAUUACAACAGCGGUACCGUGAAUGGUGGCACCUUCAAGUCUUCCCACCAGAUGCAGUUGGAGAAACUCAUCACCAAGAGACUCACAGAGCUCAAUAAGGAGUCGCCCAACCCCACAUUUGAGCUUCCGAAGAUGUUUGCGUACACGAGCAUCCACAAGACGUUGAGUGCGGCCGAUAAGAAGAAGAUCCGCCACGGAAACUCGCUGGCUGCCAAGAAGAUCCUCGCCGCACGGAGAAACUUCAACUCGUAUCUCGAUGAAGAGAAAAAUUGGAUCUGGACAAACACCAUCCAGGGCGUGCAUUUUUCGUUUGCGGAACAGAACUGGGAGCUGGCCUCCAAGAAACGGAAGAAUUACAGCGAGCCCGUGUUGAAGCCCAAGGUGCGGCUCUGUUCCAUGUGUGGUUCGCGGAGCCCGUACUCUAGAUGCGGCGCUUGCGGGCUCUACUCAUGUAGUGUUCGGUGCCGCCGGCUUCACUUCGAGCUGAGAUGUGUGUAG